AUUGUAAGUAGGUCAGUCAAUGAAUAUUACGACUCUAGUGCAGUGACUGUACAUUUGGUAGUAUAGACCAUUCAGCAAGGAAUUAGUGAUCAGGAUUUUUGUAACUUGACAUUCUUUGUGUUUGUUUAGAUCAGGAUAUAUGUAAAGAGUGUAUUGAGACAUUGCGAUUGUGUUUAGCGGUGCAGUUUGAUCAUUGAGUUUAGCCAAUUGGAUUUAAAACUACUGAGUUUGCAUGAUGCAGCGACUCAUCCUUCAUUGGCUAAGGAGGCCAUGUAAAGUUGAUAUUCUUCGAAGGACACUCAUAUCCAACGCUAGUAAUAGGGAGACUUUAACCAUUGAAGAAACAACGGAGAAAUUAAAGUUGCUUGUAGGAGAACGGACAAGAUGCGGAUCAUCGACUGCUGACUCACUUUUCGCCCCUGUUGCAACAAGUCAGGAUGAUAUACCACCUAGAACGAUGGCACACAGCUUCCGGAAGGUUGUUAUCCCUCUGGGCACCAACCCAAUGGUGAAGGAGAAAUAUAUCAACUUCUACCAAGGCAUCAGAUUUGGGAGAAUUCUGGAAGACCUUGACAUGUUUGCAGUUGCCAUUUGUUACGUGCACUCCCACGACCCUGUACAUCGUGAUAUGAAUUCUCCACUCAAUAUUGUCACAGCUCUGGUGGACAGAAUAGUGCUGUCAGAGCAGCCAAUACUUCCUGACCGGGACAUCAGGAUGCAAGGCAAAGUGACCUGGGCCGGAAAGACAUCUAUGGAGGUUACAAUGAAGCUUGACCAGGAAAUUGAUCAGAGUUGGAAGCAAUUGCUUGAAGCAAAAUUUGUGAUGGUUGCAAGAAAUGCCGCUACUAAAAGUGUUGCUGUAAUAAACAAGCUUAUACCGGAAGGUCCCGAAGAGGAGGCAUUGUUCAAGCUCGGUGAAGAAACGAAGGCUCAGCGAAUGUUGGAAAGUCAGAAGACAUUGUUAAAGACACCACCAGACGAGAACGAACGUCUUCUGAUACAUAACCUGUUCCUAGAGACCCUGGAUCCGAAAGCAUCCACGUUCAAAGUUCGGGUGAAACCAGAACGCUCUGUUUGGAUGGAGGAUACCAUCGUGAAGAAGCUGGUCAUUUGCUUUCCAGAAGAACGUAAUCUCUACAACAAGAUCUUUGGCGGUUUUCUGAUGCGAAAGGCUUUUGAGCUGGCCUAUGCAAAUGCUUGUUUCCAUUGUAAAGGUAACGCUAAAGUCCUGGUGGUCGACAAUAUUGCCUUCAAGAAAUCAGUGGAAAUAGGCUCGUUCUUGUUCCUUUCAUCACAGGUUGUGUACACGUUGGACAAUCAAAUGAUGGUGAAGGUACACGCCGAGGUUGUCAACCCGAAAGACGAUUCAAGGGAGACUACCAAUGACUUAUACUUCCUGUUUGCGGCGCAGACCACAGAAGUACCGAGAGUGAUACCGAAGUCUUAUGCAGAGUCUAUGCUUUAUCUGGAUGGCAAGAGACACUUUGAUUUCGUGAAAGACAACUGGUCUCAGGGAUCAAAUGUGAACGGCCAAUUCCCUCAAGUUUAAUCGGGAAAUAUUUUGAAAGUAAAAAUUAGAAUAAUUUAUGUCUAGAUACAUAAACAACAUUUGAUGUCAAAUGAUCAAGCAAUUAUUCCACACAACUGCUGUAUAGCUAGUAACCUUCAUUCGUGUAUAUGUGAAUGAUAUACUUGUAAUCAAUUUGUUUCGCACCUGAAAUAUAGCGGGUUUUUUUAACAAAGCUUGUUUAUAACAUUUGAAUAUAAUUUAUGUUUUGCACCAUCCUUGUUCAGAACAAUUUACAUUUUUUGACGAUGCUGCGAAGCAGCUUGUCUAAGUUAUUAAACCAUGAAAACAUUCUUCACAAUGGCGACCUAUUUAAAAGUCCGAGCCAGUCCGAUUGAGAUAGCUCGAUUUUUCUAAUCGGCAUACCUCGCUGAUUAUUAUUGAUAAAGGUAAAGGUUACAAUAUACCAAAAGAUUUCCUACACAAAUUCAAUGUAAAAGCAAUAACUUAAACAAAAAAUAAAGUCAAACUUUUGCGCAUAGAGACCCCCAUAACCAUACCUUUUCUUAAAGAGCAUUCCAAGCCGCAAUGAUUUAGACAAUUAAAAAGGGGGGUCAUGCGUUUUGCAAGAAAGAACUCGAUGCGAAUCAGCGGUCACUGAUUUACAGCCAUCAAUUUACCGGGUUCGUACCAGUGGAUGAGUGUUUCCCGCCAUCUGUCAAAGUCUCAUGUAGUCUUUAACCUUCAAGCAAAUGAGUGAAUUUCUGUUGAACAUCAAUGUUUUCCCUACCACAUGCACAAAAAACAUUCUAAAAUAAAGUCAUGGCAAGUGCCCACACAGAAAAUUGUGUCUUCUUAUAAAUGAUGUUCAGGUUUUUAAAGAGUAUAGCAUUGCACUCCCAAAAGAUUUAGUAUAUUGUAACCUAAAGGAAGCUCAGCUAUAAAUAGGACAGCAUAUUCUGGGAAAAAGAUAUAAUAAUAGUUUGAAAACAUUAAUUAUAAUCAGUUAUAUUCAAUCUAUUAUAUGUUUAUAGAUCAAUUAAACAACUAUGCAUUUUCUGUAUUGUAUUUGACAUUUGUCGUGAUUUUGUAAAUAAAUUGCGAAUUAAAACGUGUAUAAUUAACGUUUAACGCGAUCAUGAGUGUAAAGAAAACGAAUUAUUUCGAACCUGCCAUUUGUAAAC